AUAAAAGUUUUGAAUGCCAUCACAUCUUCCACCUCAAGGAAAACAAAUCGUACUUCAACUCCACCUGACUGAAACGUUCAAAAUCUCUCACAACAAACCCUAAACACACCUUUCUGUUUAUCUAUUAUCCUUCUGCAAAUCAGUCUGCAAUCUGCAAAAGCAUCAGGGUUUAUUUAGCAAAGUGAUUAAGAUGGAAGACCAGCUAAAUUUCAAGGCAACUGAGCUAAGAUUAGGGUUGCCUGGAAGCUCUGAAGAGCAUGAGAACAAAAAAGCAGCAACGUCUCCUCCUAUAGCCAAGAAUAACAAGAGGGCUUCGCCGGAUUCAGCGGCUGAGGAGUGCAGUACAAGUACUAAUCUCAUAGAUGCCCCUCCCACCAAGACACAGGUAGUAGGGUGGCCUCCAAUCAGAUCUUACAGGAAAAACAGUUUGCAACUGCGAGAGGCGUACGUGAAAGUAAGUGUCGACGGAGCUCCUUAUCUGAGGAAGAUUGAUCUCAAGGUUUACAAUAGCUACCCGGAACUCAUCAAGGCCUUAGAGAAGAUGUUCAACCUAGCCAAUAUUAAUGGAUCCGAUUUUGCUCCGACUUAUGAAGACAAAGACGGUGACUGGAUGCUUGUUGGAGAUGUGCCAUGGAAUAUGUUUGUUUCUUCCUGCAAACGGCUGAGAAUCAUGAAGGGAUCUGAAGCCAGAGGAUUGAGUACUUGUUUCUGAAGGCAUGCAGUAAGACGGAUGAAUAUAUACAUUAAGGAGACACUUAAAACUCCUUAAAACUACAGGAAAAUACACAGAUACAUGUAGCUCAGAGAAUACAUUUUCAUUUUUUCGAUGUUUGCUUAAAGAACAAUUAAGGUACUGGAACAAGAAACUUAGCUGAGAUCCAAAUUGUACAGAGACGGUGAAAUGUUCCAUUUGUCCUAAUAAUAUUUUAUAUAUAUAUAUAUAUAUAAUUGUUUGAGCUCCA